GUGAUUGUGAGAGCUUGGCGACUUGUAGAUGUGGAAGAAGAAUAAGGGUGGGUGCAGGGGCCCCAGGCAGGGCUGAUUCUUGGGCGGAGGAGGGUAGGUAGGGGUUCUGCAUGAGCUCCUUAAAGGACAAAGGUAACAACAGAGCCAGCGAGAGAGCUCGAGGGGAGACUUUGACUUCAGCCCACAGAAUUGGUGGAAGUGUGCGCGCCGCCGCCGCCGUCGUUCCUGCAGCGCUGUCCAUCUAGCCACUGGCAUCUUUUGGAGCUCCGGGAUCCCAGGGUAGGAGGCGACGCCGGCGAGCAGAAGCGCCAGCCGGCUGCCGCUGCCCACGCCGCUCACCAUGGGCUCCGCGCGCCGGGGGCUGUCCGUGGUGCCGGCCGUUCUGCUGGCCCUCACGCUGCCAGGGCUGCCCGUCUGGGCGCAGAACGACACCGAGCCCAUCGUCCUGGAGGGCAAGUGUCUGGUAGUGUGCGACUCGAACCCGGCCACGGACUCCAAGGGCUCCUCUUCUUCCCCUCUGGGGAUAUCGGUCCGGGCGGCCAACUCCAAGGUGGCCUUUUCAGCCGUGCGGAGCACCAACCACGAGCCAUCGGAGAUGAGCAACAAAACGCGCAUCAUUUACUUCGAUCAGAUCCUAGUUAAUGUGGGUAAUUUUUUCACAUUGGAGUCUGUCUUUGUAGCACCAAGGAAAGGAAUUUACAGUUUCAGUUUUCACGUAAUUAAAGUCUACCAGAGCCAAACGAUCCAGGUGAACUUGAUGUUAAAUGGAAAACCAGUAAUAUCUGCAUUUGCUGGGGACAAAGAUGUCACUCGUGAAGCUGCCACGAAUGGAGUCCUGCUCUACCUGGACAAAGAGGACAAGGUUUACCUAAAACUGGAGAAAGGUAACUUGGUUGGAGGCUGGCAGUAUUCCACAUUCUCCGGCUUUCUGGUGUUCCCCCUAUAGAAUCUGACUUCUCCGUUUAUCCAGGUGAGGGGCAGCCCACCCCUGAGUUAUUGGAAGAUCAUUUUUCAUCACUGGAUUCGUGUCUUUUAUUGGUUUCUCAUGGGUGAAUAUGGAUUCUCUUUAAGGAUUCUAGACCUGUCCGAACCAAUACAAAAUUUCAGAUUAUUUUCAUGUGUGUGUGUGUGUUUGAGUAUAUUUGGAUCGGGACUCAAAGCAGAUCAUGCUUAUCUAUGCUUACCUGUAACAGUCAAAAGCUGUCUCAAGAUUUGUUUUGAAUUUAAUUUCCUGGAAUUACUGAAUUCAUUGCAGAUGCGAAUUUUUAUUUAUUUAUUUUUAAAGACUGGCAACCGGGUCUAGGAAUUAGAACACUCUAAAAGUUCUGGCUUCAAUCAAUGGUUCAUGUGAUGCUGCCAAAGAACUGUAUUCUGUGUGGAUAUAUUGAUUAUGCUUGUUUUUUUUUUAAUUCCUUUGGAAUUCGUUUGUUCUGUUUUCUUAAGGAAACUGGGAAUGGGUUUUAGUGACUGGUUUUGUGUUUUUUCCAUAAAGAAGGUAAUAGAUGGCUUGCCUGGAAACUUACCUUGGCUAUGAGAUCACCUGUAUGGCUUCCUUCAAUGAGAAAAGAGAGAAAAGAAAAAAGAAAAGAAUGCUUCAUAAUUGUAUUUUAAUUAUAUAUGUGAAAGAGUCAUAUUUUCCAAAUUAUAUUUUCUAAUAGGAAAAAUAGAUCAUAAAUCUGACAAGGAAAAAGUUGCUUACCCAAAUUCUAAGUGCUGGGUCCCCAAACCUUGGUAAAACAGCUCUCCUCUGUGGGAACUCUUAUUCUUUAUUACUCAACUUUAAUUAACAUGAUUGAUAAUAACUACUUUAUUAAAAACCUAAGGGAUUUUUUUUCCUUAGACAUGAUGGCUUUAUUAACUGGAGAUGGGAUGCCCUUGUUUUUAAUCACACCUAUUUUUCAAACCUUCUGUUGUGUUUGAAGUAUCAUCUGGUUUUGCCUUAACUCCUUAAAUUGUAUAUAUUUAUCUGUUUAGCUAAUUGUAAAUCCAAAUAUCCCACAUCUAAAUUUAGUGCAAUAUUUUAUUUUGUCUUUUGUAUAGGCCAUAUGAAUUCAUAAAAUUAUUUAUGUCUGUUAUAGAAUAAAGGUUAAUAUAUGUUA